AUGUCUAUAUCUAUCAUAUUAUCUGAGUAUGUACCAUGUAGAGAGUACACCUCGCCCUCCCAGAUCUCUGUCACCACCAAGAUAGCAGUGUUACAAUGGGUCCGGACCCUCCACUCCCACGUCCCCAACAAGAUCAACUCUCAACACCAGGACAUAUUUCCGGCUGUUAUCCGGACUGUUUCAGAUCCUUGUGAUGGUGUUGUGGUGCUGUCCAUACAGCUCCUCGCUGCAAUGUGUAUGCAAAAUAGUGAUCAAGACAAGACCAACUUUGAGAACUUUCUACGAAGCCUGAUAGCAAAGUUCAAGGACGAUGAGAAACUGUUAGACAGACGGUGCUCCUUUAUAAUUCAGACUCUCUGUACCCAUGUGGAUAGUGAAAAGGUGUUCUGUACGCUAGCUCGACUCCUGGUGGAGGAGACUGACAUCGUGUUCACAGCUCUCUUAGUCCAGUACCUGAACUGGAUCCUACUCACCUCCCCCAACCUCGCUCCACUCAGGGAUACCCUUAAAUCUCAGCGCAACAACCCCAAACUCGGUAAGAAGGGGUCUACAGACGGAAGAGCAGUUUUCAGCACCCUUUACACAACUUGGUGCCACGACCCAGUCUCAACAAUCGCUCUGUGUAUGAUAGCUCAUUCUUAUCAGCAUGCAAGUGACGUCAUACACGCGCUGGGAGAAUAUGAGAUGACAGAGAUGACCUUGUCCGGACUUGACAAACUCGUUCAACUGUUGGAAAGUCCGGUAUUUUCUGCCCUUCGACUGGAACUCGUUCAACCGGACACCAACCCUGAACUCUUCCGUAGUCUGGCAGGUAUUCUUAUGCUACUGCCCCAAUCCGAGGCCUUCACCCUGCUUCGUAAUCGAUUGGAAUGUGUGGGUGUGGUCAGGGCUGCUGAGAGAACGAGUCAAGCAAGCAGUGAUUUGGUGGACGAUAAAACGCUGAAGGAUAUGCUGCAGCAUUUUAACAUAGUACAAGCACAACACGCUAUCAAAAACUUGAAGUUAAGUGAGAGUCAGAAUCUGAGUCAACAGUGAAGACCAACCGUGGAAUCCUACGACGAUUGUAUUGGACGACUUAAAAGCCAAAGCUUCUUUAUCUGACAAAGUGGUGAACGUGGUAAAAAGUGGGGGAUUUUCACAAGAAACCCACAUGACACAAAGUUUAUUUGUAAUGGUUUAAAUAAAUUCUAUGCUUAAAAGCUUUUUUAGAUUUUCUCAGCAGCAUUCAGAGGAUUCUCAGUUUAUUUGUGUUCUAUGUGGCCGGGAUUGUUUUUUUUGAGUAACAUAACUUAUUUGUGUGGUUAGUUAAUAUUCCCAGAAAUAUUGGAUUUUAUUUCUGUAACGCCCUGUUGUUGCCAGAAAUCCUCAAACAAAACUGGUAACGAUAUUUAAGAGAGCGUUCAUAAAUAUUAAUAAUUAUUAGAAGAAAAAAAUGAGACCAUUUUGAUGUGGUUGGUAGAUGAAAAUGGAACUUUAGUAGAAUUUGUAAAUGCUCUCAUAUAUUACGGAUGUGACUGUUUUUGGGUUUGUUACUCGGGCUUUUGUUGAUGAUUGGCAGAUAUAACUUAUGGCGUUACAAAUCAGAUGUUUAAAUUUGUCUAGCGUGUUUUUAUUAAUUGAUUAUCAUGGUGAAUUAUAAAUUAUGGAUAUGAAUCGAUAAAAUUGGCGGAGAUAAAAUUAAUACUUGUUUUCUUGGCAAUAACGAGGAUUAUUUUCUAAAGGAAUCUACCUUGCUCUUAAAUUACAAUACUCUUUUUAGAAAUUUGCUUCUUUUUUAGGUUUUGAAUUACGUUUCUAUCUCUAUGUGCAUCAACCUGAAAGACUAUCC